AUGGCACCGGGCGCCCCCCAAUCGACUACCCAACUGCCAUCUCUCAGCUCGGGUCUUGUUUACGCCCUCUCAGUAAGCCGCUUUGCUGUCGGCGCAGCCUGCGUGUUCGCACCCUCUACCAUGUCCGGCGUUAUGCAAAUGGAAUCUUUGCCUGGAGUCACCCUUCUGACCCGUACCUUUGGUGUUCGCGAGGCCGCGGUUGGCGGUUUGACAGUACUUACACUCAAUAAACCUGAGUCUACCAAGGACCUGCGCCGUAUCAUAUGGACAGGCAUUGCCGUCGACACCUUUGACUUCAUCAGCUGCCUGAUGGUUUUAGCCUCGUCUGAUAGCACAGCUAUGGAUUUAGCGGCUGCGAAAUCGACGGGUGGAAUGGGUUUCUGUUGCAUACUUGUGGGCUUAGCCAGCGGGUAG